GGGGGGUUGUCUCCUCCUUCUCCCCAGCUGCUGCUGCUCACUCAGCUCACAAGUCUGGGCCAGGGGGCAGAGCGGCCGCGACUCCCCUGGUUCCUGAGAAGUGGAUCCGCUGGGGCCACCGCGAUGCCAGGAGCCGCCAGGGUCCUCCUGGUCCUGCUGCUCAGCGGGGGCUUCGGGGGCGGCAGGACGCAGCGCCCGCAGCAGCAGCAAGAGCUGCGGCGGCAGCCACCCGCGCAUCAGCAAAGAGGUUUGUUCCCUGCUGUUUUAAAUCUUGCUUCCAAUGCUCUCAUCACCACAAACGCAACAUGUGGAGAAAAAGGACCCGAAAUGUAUUGCAAGUUGGUGGAACACGUCCCUGGGCAGCCUGUGAGGAACCCUCAAUGUCGAAUCUGCAAUCAAAAUAGCAGCAAUCCAUACCAGAGACACCCGAUUACAAAUGCUAUUGAUGGAAAAAACACUUGGUGGCAGAGUCCCAGUAUUAAGAAUGGAAUCGAAUACCAUUAUGUGACAAUUACACUGGAUUUGCAGCAGGUGUUCCAGAUUGCGUAUGUGAUUGUGAAAGCAGCUAACUCCCCUCGGCCUGGAAACUGGAUUCUGGAACGCUCACUGGAUGAUGUUGAUUACAAACCCUGGCAGUAUCAUGCUGUGACGGACACAGAAUGCCUGACCCUUUACAACAUUUAUCCCCGCACCGGACCACCAUCAUAUGCCAAAGACGAUGAGGUCAUCUGCACUUCUUUUUAUUCCAAGAUACACCCCUUAGAAAAUGGAGAGAUUCACAUCUCUUUGAUCAAUGGGCGACCCAGUGCUGAUGAUCCUUCUCCUGAACUGCUAGAAUUUACUUCUGCUCGCUAUAUUCGCCUGAGAUUUCAGAGAAUCCGCACCUUGAAUGCCGAUUUGAUGAUGUUUGCUCACAAAGAUCCAAGAGAAAUUGACCCCAUUGUUACGCGAAGAUAUUACUACUCCAUCAAGGAUAUUUCGGUUGGAGGGAUGUGCAUCUGCUAUGGUCAUGCCAGGGCUUGUCCACUUGAUCCAGUGACAAAUAAAUCCCGCUGUGAAUGCGAGCAUAACACGUGUGGUGAUAGCUGUGAUCAGUGCUGUCCUGGAUUCCAUCAGAAACCUUGGCGAGCAGGCACUUUCCUGACCAAAACUGAAUGUGAAGCCUGCAAUUGUCAUGGGAAAGCCGAAGAAUGCUAUUAUGAUGAAAAUGUUGCCAGAAGAAAUCUGAGUUUAAAUAUACGCGGAAAGUACAUUGGAGGGGGUGUGUGCAUUAAUUGUACACGAAACACUGAUGGUAUAAACUGCGAGACAUGCAUUGAUGGUUUCUUCAGACCCAAAGGGGUGUCUCCAAAUCAUCCAAGACCAUGCCAGCCAUGCCACUGUGAUCCAGUUGGUUCCUUAAAUGAAGUCUGUGUCAAGGAUGAAAAACGUGCUCGACGAGGUCUGGCACCUGGUUCCUGCCAUUGCAAACCUGGCUUCAAAGGGGUGAGCUGUGAUCGGUGUGCCAGGGGCUACACCGGCUACCCGGACUGCAGACCCUGUAACUGCAGUGGUGCAGGGAGCACAAAUGAGGACCCUUGUUUUGGACCCUGUAAAUGCAAGGAAAAUGUCGAAGGAGGAGACUGCAGUCGCUGCAAAUCCGGCUUCUUCAAUUUGCAAGAGGAUAAUCAUAAAGGCUGUGAUGAGUGUUUCUGUUCAGGGGUUUCAAACAGAUGUCAGAGCUCCUACUGGACCUAUGGCAAUAUACAAGACAUGAGUGGCUGGUAUCUGACUGACAUCUCUGGCCACAUUCAAGUGGCUCCCCAGCAGGAUGACAUGGAUCCACCUCGGCAGAUCAGCAUCAGCAGCAGUGAGGCCCGACGAGCCCUGCCCCAGAGCUACUUUUGGAGCGCACCAGCUCCAUACCUGGGAAACAAGCUCACAGCAGCUGGAGGAGAGUUGACAUUUACCGUAUCAUACGACCUCGAAGAAGAAGAAGAUGAUGAUACAGAACGCAUCCUCCAGCUUAUGAUUAUCUUAGAGGGAAAUAAUUUGAGAAUCAGCACAGCCCAAGAUGAGGUGUAUCUGAAACCCUCUAAAGAACAUAUUAAUGUGCUGACACUUAAAGAAGAAUUAUUUACCAUACACGGCACAAAUUUCCCAGUCAGUAGAAAAGAGUUUAUGACAGUACUGGCGAAUUUAAAGAGAGUCCUCAUACAAAUCACAUACAGCCUUGGGAUGGAUGCCAUCUUCAGGUUAAGCUCUGUUGGUCUUGAAUCUGCCGGCCCUUAUCCUACUGACAGAAGCUUUGCAGCAGCUGUGGAAGUUUGUCAGUGUCCACCAGGGUAUACUGGCUCCUCCUGUGAAGCCUGUUGGCCUAGGCACAGACGAGUUAAUGGGACGAUUUUUGGUGGCAUCUGUGAACCCUGUCAGUGCUUUGGUCACGCGGAAUCCUGUGAUGAUAUCACUGGAGAAUGCCUGAACUGUAAGGAUCACACAGGUGGCCCAUAUUGCAAUAAAUGUCUUCCUGGUUUCUAUGGUGAUCCUACUAAAGGAACCUCUGACGACUGUCAGCCGUGUGCCUGUCCACUCAAUAUCCCAUCCAAUAACUUUAGCCCGACAUGCCAUUUGGACCGAAGUCUUGGAUUGAUCUGUGAUAAGUGCCCUGUUGGGUACAUAGGACCACGCUGUGAGAGGUGUGCAGAAGGCUAUUUUGGACAACCCUCUGUACCCGGAGGAUCAUGUCAGCCAUGUCAAUGCAAUGACAACCUUGACUUCUCCAUCCCUGGCAGCUGUGACAGCUUGUCUGGCUCCUGUCUGAUAUGUAAGCCGGGUACAACAGGCCGGUACUGUGAGCUUUGUGCUGAUGGAUAUUUUGGAGACGCAGUUGAUGCAAAGAACUGUCAGCCUUGUCACUGUAAUGCCAAUGGCUCUUUCUCCGAUGUUUGCCAUACUCGGACAGGACAGUGUGAAUGCAAGCCCAACGUGCAGGGGCGGCGGUGUGAUGAAUGUAAGCCUGAAACCUUUGGCCUCCAAUCAGCAAGGGGAUGCAUCCCCUGCAACUGCAAUUCCUUUGGGUCUAAAUCCUUCGACUGUGAAGAGAGUGGGCAGUGUUGGUGCCAGCCUGGAGUAACAGGAAAGAAAUGUGAUCGCUGUGCCCACGGCUAUUUCAACUUCCAAGAAGGCGGAUGCACAGCUUGUGACUGUUCUCAUCUGGGUAACAAUUGUGACCCAAAGACUGGUCAAUGCAUUUGUCCUCCCAAUACCAUUGGAGAGAAGUGUUCUAAAUGUGCCCCUAAUACCUGGGGCCACAGCAUUAUCACUGGUUGUAAGGCUUGUAACUGCAGCUCGAUAGGCUCUUUGGAUUUCCAAUGCAAUGUAAACACAGGCCAAUGCAACUGUCGUCCAAAAUUCUCUGGUGCAAAAUGUACAGAGUGCAAUCGAGGUCACUGGAACUACCCUCACUGUAGUCCCUGUGACUGCUUCCUGCCAGGGACUGAUGACUCAAGCUGUGAUUUAGAGACUAAAAAAUGCUCCUGCAUCGAUCAGACUGGGCAGUGUACUUGUAAGGUGAAUGUGGAAGGUGUCCACUGUGACAGGUGCCGGCCUGGCAAAUUUGGACUUGACGCCAAGAAUCCACUUGGCUGCAGCAGCUGCUAUUGCUUCGGUGUUACUACUCAGUGCUCUGAAGCAAAAGGACUGAUCCGUACGUGGGUGACUCUGCAGCCUGAGCAGACCAUUCUGCCCCUGGUGGAUGAGGCACUGCAGCAUACAACUACCAAAGGCAUCGCUUUUCAACAUCCAGAGAUUAUUGCACACAUGGAGCUGGUGAGACAAGACCUCCAUUUGGAACCUUUUUAUUGGAAACUUCCAGAACAAUUUGAAGGAAAGAAGCUGAUGGCCUAUGGUGGCAAACUCAAGUAUGCAAUCUAUUUUGAGGCUCGGGAAGAGACAGGUUUCUCUACAUAUAAUCCUCAAGUUAUCAUUCGAGGCGGGACUCCAACUCAUGCGAGAAUUAUCAUUAGGCAUAUGGCUGCUCCUCUGAUUGGCCAGUUGACAAGACAUGAAAUUGAAAUGACAGAGAAAGAAUGGAAAUAUUAUGGUGAUGAUCCUCGAGUCAGUAGAACUGUGACCCGUGAAGAUUUCUUGGAUAUCCUAUAUGAUAUCCAUUAUAUUCUCAUCAAAGCUACCUAUGGAAAUAUCAUGAGACAAAGCAGGAUUUCUGAAAUCUCAAUGGAGGUAGCUGAACAAGGACGCAUCACAGCAGUGACCCCUCCAGCGCACUUGAUAGAAAGAUGUGAUUGUCCUCCAGGCUAUUCUGGCUUGUCUUGUGAGGCAUGCAUGCCAGGAUUUUAUCGACUGCGUUCUAAGCCGGGUGGCCUGACCCCUGGACCAACCCUGGGCACCUGUGUUCCGUGUCAGUGUCAUGGACACAGCAGCCUGUGUGACCCUGAAACCUCCAUAUGCCAGAAUUGUCAACAUCACACUGCCGGUGACUUCUGUGAACAGUGUGCUCCUGGAUACUAUGGCAUUGUCAAGGGAUUGCCAGAUGACUGUCAGCAGUGUGCUUGCCCUCUGAUUUCUUCCAGCAACAAUUUCAGCCCCUCCUGUGUCCUGGAAGGUCUGGAUGAUCACCGCUGCACCGCUUGCCCGCGGGGUUAUGAGGGCCAGUACUGCGAACGGUGUGCCCCUGGCUAUGCCGGCAGCCCAAGUAGCCCUGGAGGCUCCUGCCAAGAAUGUGAGUGUGACCCCCAUGGCUCGCUGCCAGUCCCCUGUGACCCUGUCACAGGGAUCUGCAGGUGUCGACCAGGAGCCACGGGGCCGAAGUGUGACGGCUGCAAACACUGGCAUGCGCGCGAGGGCAUGGAGUGUGUUUUUUGUGGAGAUGAAUGCACCGGCCUUCUUCUCGGUGACUUGGCUCGCCUGGAGCAGAUGGCCAUGAGCAUCAACCUCACUGGUCCGCUGCCCGCUCCAUAUAAAAUCCUGUAUGGUCUCGAAAAUAUGACUCAAGAACUCAAGCAUUUGCUCUCACCUCAGCGGGCCCCAGAGAGGCUCAUUCAGUUGGCAGAAGGCAAUCUGAACACACUGGUGACAGAAAUGAAUGAACUUCUGACCAGGGCUACCAAAGUGACAGCAGAUGGUGAGCAAACUGGACAGGAUGCUGAGAGAACGAACACGAGAGCAAACUCCUUAGGAGAAUUCAUUAAGGACCUUGCCCGGGAUGCAGAAGCUGUAAAUGAAAAAGCUGUAAAACUAAAUGAAACUCUAGGAACUCAAGAAAAGGCCUUUGAGAGAAAUUUGCAAGACCUCCAGAAUGAGAUUGAUCAGAUGAUGACAGCACUGAGGAGGAGAAAUCUAGAUACACAAAAGGAAGUUGCUGAAGAUGAGUUGGUAGCUGCAGAAGGCCUUCUGAAGAAAGUAAAGAAGCUGUUUGGAGAGUCCCGGGGGAAGAAUGAAGCAAUGGAGAAGGAUCUUCAGGAGAAAUUGGCAGACUACCAAAACAAGGUUGAUGAUGCUUGGGACCUGUUGAGAGAAGCCACAGAUAAAAUCAGAGAAGCUAAUCUCUUAUCUGCAGAAAACCAGAAAAACAUGACUGCUUUGGAGAAAAAGAAAGAGGCAAUCGAGAGCGGCAAACGACAAACUGAAAACACUUUAAAAGAAGGCAACGACAUACUUGAGGAAGCCAACCGUCUUGCAGAUGAAAUCAACUCUGUCAUAGAUUAUGUGCAAGACAUUCAAACUAAAUUGCCAACCAUGUCUGAGGAUCUGCAAGAUAAAAUAGAUGACCUCUCCCAAGAAAUAAAGGACAGGAAGCUUGCUGAGAAGGUGUCCCAGGCUGAGAGCCAUGCAGCUCAGUUAAAUGAUUCAUCUGCUGUACUUGACGGAAUACUUGAGGAGGCUAAAAACAUCUCCUUCAAUGCCACUGCAGCCUUCAAAGCUUACAGCAAUAUUAAGGACUAUAUUGAUGAAGCUGAGAAAAUUGCCAAAGAAGCCAAAGUUCUUGCACAUGAAGCCACAGAACUGGUAAGAAACAAAUAUCAAGUCAGGUCUACUCAGGUGUUCAUUAAAGGGGUGCCAAAAAACAAUGACCAUCUGAAUGGCUUAACAACCAGAUUAGAAAUGCCAUGACAGAAACAGGAUCUCCUGAGAGCUUUGAAUGACACUUUGGAAAAGUUAUCAGCCAUUCCAAAUGACACAGCUGCUAAACUGCAAGCCGUUAAAGACAAAGCAAGACAAGCCAAUGACACAGCUAAAGAUGUACUGGCACAGAUUAAAGAUCUCCCAAACCUUGAUGGCCUGAAGAAAAAUUACAAUCAACUGGCAGACAGCGUAGCCAAAACAAAUGCCGGUAUAAAAGAUCCUUCGAGAACAAAAGUCAUUGCAGAUGCAGGUGCCACUGUGAAAAAUCUAGAACAAGAAGCUGAUCGACUAAUAGAUAAGCUCAAACCCAUUAAGGAACUUGAGGAUAACCUGAAGAAAAACAUCUCUGAGAUAAAAGAAUUGAUAAACCAAGCCCGGAAACAAGCCAAUUCCAUCAAAGUAUCUGUGUCUUCUGGGGGUGACUGCAUUCGAACAUACAAGCCAGAAAUCAAGAAAGGAAGCUACAAUAAUAUCAUUGUCAAUGUAAAGACGGCUGUUGCUGACAACCUCCUUUUUUAUCUUGGAAGUGCCAAAUUUAUUGACUUUCUGGCUAUAGAAAUGCGCAAAGGCAAAGUCAGCUUCCUUUGGGAUGUUGGAUCCGGAGUUGGACGUGUAGAGUAUCCAGAUUUGACUAUUGAUGAUUCAUAUUGGUACCGUAUUGAGGCAUCAAGAACUGGGAGAAAUGGAACUAUUUCUGUGAGAGCUCUGGAUGGACCCAAAGCCAGUAUGGUGCCUAGUACAUACCAUUCAGCAUCACCUCCGGGGUACACUAUUCUAGAUGUGGAUGCAAAUGCAAUGCUCUUUGUGGGUGGCUUGACCGGAAAAUUGAAGAAGGCUGAUGCUGUGCGCGUGAUUACAUUCACUGGCUGUAUGGGAGAAACGUACUUUGACAGCAAACCUAUAGGGUUGUGGAACUUCCGAGAAGUAGAAGGUGAUUGCAAAGGAUGUACUGUCAGUCCUCAGGUAGAAGAUAGCGAGGGGACUAUUCAGUUUGAUGGAGAAGGCUAUGCACUGGUCAGCCGCCCCAUUCGCUGGUUCCCAAACAUCUCCACUGUCAUGUUCAAGUUCAGGACAUUUUCUUCAAGUGCUCUCCUGAUGUACCUUGCUACACGAGACCUGAAAGAUUUCAUGAGUGUAGAGCUCACUGAUGGGCACAUAAAAGUCAGCUAUGAUCUGGGUUCAGGAAUGGCUUCCGUUGUCAGCAAUCAAAACCAUAAUGACGGGAAAUGGAAAUCAUUCACCUUGUCAAGAAUUCAAAAACAAGCCAACAUAUCCAUUGUCGACAUAGAUACUAACCAGGAGGAGACCAUAGCAACUACAUCUCCUGGAAAUAACUUCGGUCUUGACUUGAAAGCAGAUGAUAAGAUAUACUUUGGUGGUCUGCCAACUCUGAGGAACUUGAGUAUGAAAGCAAGGCCAGAAGUAAAUUUGAAGAAAUAUUCUGGCUGCCUCAAAGAUAUUGAAAUUUCAAGAACUCCAUAUAAUAUACUUAGCAGCCCUGAUUAUGUGGGAGUUACCAAAGGAUGUUCGCUGGAGAAUGUUUACACAGUUAGCUUCCCCAAGCCUGGUUUUGUGGAGCUGUCCCCUGUGCCGAUUGAUGUAGGAACAGAAAUCAACCUGUCCUUCAGCACCAAGAAUGAGUCCGGGAUCAUUCUCUUGGGAAGUGGAGGGACACCGGCACCACCUAGGAGGAAACGAAGGCAGACUGGACAGGCCUAUUACGCGAUAUUCCUGAACAAGGGCCGUCUGGAAGUGCAUCUCUCCACAGGGGCACGAACAAUGAGGAAAAUUGUCGUCAAACCAGAGCCAAGUCUGUUUCAUGAUGGGAGAGAACAUUCUGUUCAUGUGGAGAGAACUCGAGGCAUCUUUACUGUUCAAGUCGAUGAAGACAGAAGGCAUAUGCAAAAUCUGACAGUAGAACAGGCGAUAGAAGUUAAAAAGCUUUUCAUUGGAGGAGCCCCACCUGAAUUCCAACCUCCCCCACUCAGAACUAUUCCUUCUUUUGAAGGCUGUAUCUGGAACCUUGUUAUAAACUCUGUCCCUAUGGACUUUGCACAGCCCGUGUCCUUCAAAAAUGCAGACAUCGGUCGCUGUGCCCAUCAGAAACCCCCUGAGGAUGAAGACGGAGUAGUUCCAGCUGAAACAAUUGUCCAGCCAGAGCCAGGUCCCACCCCAGCCUUCCCUGUACCACCCACCCCAGUCCUGGCACAUGGUCCUUGUGCUGCAGAAACAGAACCAGCUCUCCUGAUAGGGAGCAAACAGUUUGGGCUUUCGAGAAACAGUCACAUCGCAAUUGCAUUUGAUGACACCAAAGUUAAAAACCGUCUCACCAUUGAAUUUGAAGUGCGAACCGAAGCUGAAUCAGGCUUGCUGUUUUACAUGGCUCGGAUCAAUCAUGCUGAUUUUGCCACAGUUCAGCUGAGAAAUGGAUUGCCCUACUUCAGUUAUGACUUAGGAAGUGGUGACACCAACACCAUGAUCCCCACCAAAAUCAACGAUGGCCAGUGGCACAAGAUUAAGAUUAUGCGAAUUAAGCAAGAAGGAAUUCUUGAUGUAGACGGUGCCUCCAACAGAACCAUCAGUCCCAAGAAAGCCGAUAUUCUGGAUGUGGUGGGAAUGCUUUAUGUUGGCGGUCUACCCAUUAACUACACCACCCGAAGAAUUGGUCCAGUGACCUAUAGCAUUGAUGGCUGCAUCAGGAAUUUUCAGAUGACGGAAGCCCCUGCUGAUCUUGAACGGCCAACGUCCAGCUACCAUGUUGGAACGUGUUUUGCACAUGCUCAGAAAGGGACGUAUUUUGAUGGAACAGGUUUUGCCAAAGCAGUUGAUGGGUUCAAAGUGGGAUUGGACCUGCUUGUAGAAUUUGAAUUCCGCACAACGAGAACCACUGGAGUUCUUCUGGGAAUCAGCAGUCAAAAAAUGGAUGGAAUGGGUAUUGAAAUGAUUGAUGAAAAGCUCAUGUUUCAUGUGGACAAUGGCGCCGGUUGGUUCACCGCUGUCUACGACACUGGGAUCCCAGGGCAUUUGUGUGACGGGAAGUGGCAUAAAGUCGUGGCCAAAAAGAUCAAACACCGCGUUGAGCUGACAGUGGAUGGGAACCAGGUGGAAGCCCAGAGCCCAAACCCAGCAUCGACAUCAGCAGAUACAAAUGACCCCGUGUUUGUUGGAGGGUUCCCAGAUGGCCUCAACCAGUUUGGCCUGACAACCAACAUUCGUUUCCGAGGUUGUAUUCGAUUCCUGAGGCUCACCAAAGGCACAGGCAAGCCACUGGAGGUGAAUUUUGCCAAGGCCCUGGAACUAAGGGGCGUUCAACCAGUAUCAUGCCCAGCCAACUAAUAAAAAUAAGUUCAGCUCUAAGAAGGUCCUUUAAAACAAACAUAUCAAGUAAACAAAAUAUAUUUUACCUAUGUAUGUUAUGAAAGUUAAUUUGUGCAUGUAUAUUGAAUUCUUUCCAUAUUUUGAUGGUGCUAAUUCAGAUCCCAGACUGAAUUUUAAUUCACAUUCUUUCUCAAGUCCAUGAAUAUUAAACCUAUUAUUGCAUUCUAAAUAAUUGUUUUGUCUGAUUUUAAGGAUAAAAGGCAACUUGAUCAUAAACUGUUGAAUUUACAACAGUGCCCUGGAGUCAUCUCAAGAAGAGUUCAGAUGUAAUUUGUGAAGGCAACAUUUUUUUUUUUUACUAACUCCUAUUAAUACUUUUAUCAUCCUUUUUCCAUGUAUGUCAGCUUUGGCUUUCUAUCCAGGCCACUAAAAACAAGAGUGGAUUUGGCAUAUGUGAUUGGGAGAAAAUCAACUCCCUUACUCCCUAUAUUUGUGAAAGCAUUAGCAAAUCAUUUCCCUGAUCCAGGUUCAUUAUUAGAGAGUUUAACUAGCCAUAUGAAUGAGUACCUUUUUAUGCUGAAGGUAGAGAGUAUAGAUCAGAUUCAGUCUAGAGAGCUUAAUUACUUGAUUUUCUUGUUUGAUAAUGAUUUAUAGGCUUUGGGGAAACACCAAAACCAAGCUCCAGAAUGACAAUUAAGCAGAUAUUUGCUACUACGGAAUUGAGGCUCUGGGCUCCUUAAGUUUCCAGUGAUGACCACAAUCUAUACAAUCAAUCAUGCUGAAAUGCAUUUUUUUACUUAUCAAGAAACAACAAAAAACUUAAAAGGCACACAUCCUUGAGGCCUUUUGAUUGCAAUUUAACCUAAAAAGUUCAUUUCCUAAAAAAAAAAAUUCUGCAUUUUGUCCUCCUCUUACCCACGAUUUCAGUCAUCUUCAAAGGGUUCUUGAGAACCCAGGCCUGGAUUUUAUUCAUUAACUUAAGAAGGAAACAUUUCAUUUGCCAGCUUCAAUAGAAAUAGUUGUGGUCUAAUAAGGCUGAACAUUUAAAAGAACAGAUUUUUCUCACAGUGGUAAUUUUAGCAAAAGAAGAAUAAUCAGCUCUGACAAUGUUAUCCACAGAGAAAAGAGAGGUGCCGUUUCUAAUCAGAGAGAUGGCUAACACACUUCAGCAUUUCAUCACUGGCUGGUUAGUUGACAGAAUUUGUCCACACAACUUCAUUCUAGAGCAAGUGAUCCUCAGGCUGGCUCCAUUUUGGUAUUACCUGGCAAGCUUUCAAAAAAUUGGUACCUGGUCCAGCGAUUCUGAGAGCCUGAGCAGGAGGAUUUCUACAAAGGGAAGCCUUCCCAAGCAAUCCUGAAGUGCCAUCAGAAUUGAAGACCACUGCUGUAAAAAGAAAAGUUAUCCACUAUGCCAACAAAGAGUUGUGGAGUCAUUUGAGAAUCUUCUGUUAACUUUGUCUUGGCCAUUCUCACACACAUAAAAAAAUAUUGAUAUGAUAUUGACUCAAAUUAAUGCCUUUUGACCAAAUUUUAAGCAAUAAAAUUCUUUGAAAACCAA